GCUGAAGGUGUCCAUCACCGUUGGAGGAUGCCGUCGCCAAUCAGGGCGUUGCUAUUGCAGGCCACGAGCUCUCGGCCCCCCAUGAACCCCUGCUGGUCGUGUGGGCCUAGGAGCCUCAGCUCGAGGGCUCAGCCCUCAGUCUUAUUCGUCCAAAGGGAGCUUUUGCGAGACUCCUGGGCCUUUUCGUGUAGUGGUUUUGCUGCCUUCUCUUUCCACUGCGACACAUCACUCGCUUCUGCCGUAUCCGGACAUUACUCCAGUCUCUGGAGCCUGUAUUCCUUCGACGCCUGACGGGGUCUCGCCUAUAUAGCUGAGGCCUCUUCCAGUCACGAUGGCGCGCAAACGGAAGCUCUCUUCAACUUCUCUCGACGCAAUGGAUGGCUCGCGGGAUCUUCCAUCGGGCUCCGGUGACGACAACACAGGGUACAGAAUCAGCACCACUAUCAGGAGUUUCUUUGAAAGUAUUGCUGGGUCGAGCUCUGAAUCAACCAGUACAGUCAUCAAUGGCGCGACAGUACAGUCUCGACCCCUUCUGGCCAGAGUGCUGGCCGAUGUUGCAUCUCAAGCACCUCGUAUAGGAGAGAACCUCGGACUUCUUGGUUCCUUGGUGGAUACGACGCUGUUCGAUGGCGGCCUCGUUGAUGAUCGCCAGUAUCAAAUGGAGAAGAUUCUCCAGUUGGCAGCUUCGCUGCCUCCCGGGUCAAAGUCCCUAGACGACUUGACCAACCAGUUCAUCAAGUUGCUCUGGGAGAACUUGGAGCAUCCUCCCUUGUCAUAUCAGGGGGAUGAUUACAAAUAUCGCACAGCUGAUGGGUCCAACAACAACAUCAUGUACCCGCACCUUGGCAAGGCUGGCUCCUACUAUGCGAGGACUGUCACUCCUCAGACACUCAAGCCGGGGGUGCUCCCCGAUCCUGGAGUCAUCUUCGACGCCAUCUUUGCCCGGGGUGAAGAGCCUAGAGAGCACCCGAACAAAAUCUCUAGCAUGCUUUUCUACCUUGCGACUAUAAUCAUCCACGACUGUUUCCACACAGAUGAAACUGACUAUUCUACGGUCAAGACGUCUUCGUAUCUAGACCUGGCGCCUCUUUAUGGGAGCAGCCAGGAAGAGCAGAACCAAAUCAGGACUUUCAAGGAUGGUCUCCUGAAGCCGGACAGCUUCUGCGAGAAACGCAUUCUCGGCUUUCCGCCAGGCGUGUCUGCCAUUAUCGUCUGCUUCAACCGCUUCCACAACUAUGUUGCCAUGCAGCUCAAGGAAAUCAAUGAGGGAGGUCGGUUCAAACUGCCGAAGAACGACCAGGACACAGCCGCCAUCGCUAAACUCGACAACGACCUGUUUCAGACUGCCCGACUGGUGACGUGCGGCCUCUACGUCAAUAUGAUCCUUAACGACUACGUCCGCACGAUUCUCAAUCUCAAUCGCACGAACUCGACGUGGACGCUGGAUCCCCGGAAGAACUUCUCGGAUGUUUUUGACAGCGCCGGCAUCCCUUCAGGGGUAGGCAACCAAGUCAGUGUGGAAUUCAAUCUGGUCUACAGAUGGCACUCUGCCAUUAGCAUCAAGGAUGAGAAAUGGACCAAUGAGUUGUAUCAGUCUCUAUUCCCCGGCCGAGACGUAUCCACGGUCACGGAGUGGGAACUGUUGCCGAAACUGAAGAAGUGGCUGGAUGACCGCGGCCCUGACCCUGCGAAAUGGGACCUUGACUCGGGCAGAUAUAAACGCACCCAGCGAGGGACCUUCCGGGAUGAAGAUCUCAUCAAGAUCCUGACUGAAGCCACCGAAGACGUCGCCUGCGCGUUUGGGCCUCGGAACGUCCCCCUCGUGAUGAAGCUGAUCGAUGUCCUGGGCAUCCAGCAAGCGCGGGCCUGGAACGUGGCGACGCUCAACGAGUUCCGGAAAUUCUUCAAGCUCGAGCCUCACACGACCUUCUCUGAUAUAACCAAGAACACGGAAGUCGCUCGUUCACUCAAGGCCCUCUAUGGGCACCCAGACUACGUCGAGCUCUAUCCUGGCAUCGUUGCCGAAGACGCAAAGGAUCCAUUGGAGCCUGGCUCCGGUCUAUGUCCCGGAUAUACCAUCUCUCGAACCAUUCUCGCCGAUGCCGUUGCGCUUACUAGAGGAGAUCGGUUCUAUACCGUCGACUAUACGCCUGCGAACUUGACCAACUGGGGCUGGUCUCAAGUCAAGUCCGACCCCACAGUCGCGCAAGGAGGCUGCUUCUAUACCUUGCUGAUGCGGGCUCUCCCAUUCUACUACCGUGGGAAUUCAGUCUACGCCAUGUUUCCACUGACAGUACCUGAAGAGAACCGCAAGAUCUUGACCAAGCUUGGGAAAGACCAGGACUACAACUUCGACCGACCUUCGUACGUCGGCGUGCCAACUUCGAUUCGAUCAUGGAAGGCCGUCACAGGCGUUCUUGGAGACCAGGCGUCCUUUGGCGUGCCAUGGGGCCCGCAUACUUUCUACCUCACUCAUCAAGAUUACAUGCUGAGCGGGGAUAGCGUUGCCAACGCUACACAGCGGAAGGAAGUGCAGAACGCCCUCUACUGCCCGGUCAACGGACUUGCACAGGUCCAGAAAUUCUACGAAGACCUGACCACCCAGCUUGUGGUUGCCCGCUCGGAACGACUUCGAGGCGAAUGGUACCAGCUUGACGCUUGCCGCGACGUCGGCAAUCCGUCACACGCUAUCUUCGUCGCGCGGCUGUUCCAUCUGCCGCUCAAGAAGCCGGGAGACUUGAACCCGAUCGGUGUCGAAGUCGAUCAGCUGUACCUCGCGUUGUCCAUCGAGUUCGCGUACGUCUUCCUGGAUCUCGAUACCGCAAGCUCCUUCAAACUGCGUGCUGGUGCCAAGACGGCGAAUGAUCAACUCUCGAAGCUUGUCAAGAUUGUGUGCGAGGCGGUGAAAGUGGGUGGGAUACUCCGGGUUCGUGACCUCUUCUCCAUGGGGACGACUGGGGAGCUGCUCAGCGACUAUGGGACCUUGCUCCUGAAACGCCUCUUUGAAGGAGGCAAGUCGGUUGAGGAGGUUGUGUCGACCAUCAUCCCCACCGCUGCGGCUGCCGUUGCCACCCAGGCUCAACAUUUCACGCAGAUGUUGGAUGUUUACUUGUCGGACGAAUACAAGGAGCACUGGCCGGAGAUUCAACGAUGUGCUUGGUCCAACAAUCCCGCCGAUUUCGAGAAACUCAAGGGGUACGCGCUCGAAGCGAACCGCCUGGCCCCGGCGGCGUUCGGGCUGCUUCGCAAGGCCAACAUCGACACUGUCAUCCCUGACAACGGCCAGAAAGUUCCAGUCAAGGCCGGCGACCAAAUCUACGUCGACUUCAUCGCGGCCGGCUUGGACGAGAGUGUCUUCCCCAACCCUCACACCAUCGAUCCUACCCGCGACCGAUCUCUUUACAUCCACCACGGAUACGGUCCACACGCAUGUCUCGGGCGUCCGAUGGUGGAGGUGGCCAUGGCAGCCCAACUGAAGGUGUUUGCCAAAUUGAAGAAUCUCAGACGUGCGCCCGGCCCACAAGGCCAGCUCAAGAAGACGGUGCCGGCGCCCAACCCUACUAGCAGCGACCCCAAGGCCAACCCUGGUACCGUGGAGGUGUUUAUGUUGGAGGACUGGAGUUCGUGGUAUCCCUUCCCAACCACCAUGAAAGUCCACCACGACGGCCUCUGGAAGGACCAACCCGACGAACUCGCAGGCGAGACUGGCGUCCCGGGGAUCCAGGAGCAGAUCAUGAACAGUGACAUGGCCGCAGCAAAUGGAUUGAACGGAGAUUACAUGGAGGAGGACACGGCUUGAAGGGCAUUCGGGCAGACAGCAUGGUUGCUUUCGGUGAGGAGGACAUGUAACGGGCAAAUUGCAACCAAGACGCCAGGGGAAAAGUCUGUGUAUCAGUGACAGGAUGGAUGGGAUGGGACGGGAUAGGAUGUUUUGGCAAGCGGGAGUUUUUGGUAUCUAUGCAUCGAUGCUUUGAUCCUCCCUGCCACUCAAAUUGGAAACCUCGUUUGUAGCUCUAUUCAAAGCAUUCACUGCUGCUGUGUUGCUCUACAAAAUGGUAGUUGACUCUCCCACCCA